AUGGAUGGUGAUAAAUUAUUUGUUGCUAUUGUAAUUGUAAUUAAACAAUCCACAAAUAUCGACUAUAGUAGAAUAGUCAAUAUCAGCGCGACGAUGUUAACCACGAAUUUAUUGCAUCCAAAAGCUAUGCCAACGGUGACACUAAAUGUGAUUUUGAAAGAAGUAAGAGUAUUUGCUGGUGAUGAGCUUUUCGUAAAAAUUCUUCUCGAUUCAGUCGAUUCUGGCGCAAUCGUCAAUGAAUUCUUUGUUGAAAUCCUAGGAAUUGGACGAACAGGCUGGAUUAAUAUUCAUACGGAUAAGAUCUAUGAAAGUGAAAAAGAAUAUUUGAAAAUAUGUAUUCCUCUAAUGACGAGUGGUCAACGAUUACCUAUGGGAAGGCAUUUAUUUCCUUUACAUCUAAUGAUUCCCGAAGAUUUACCGAGUAGCUAUGAAAGUGAGUAUGGUAAUAUUCGCUACGCAAUUAAAGUUUCUCUUCGUUCGAAUUCGGAAAAUUCAACAUGUACGGAGACAUUUCCAUUCAUUGUCGUAGCUCGGUCAUUCUUCGACGAAGUUCCAGAAACUAUUAUGAAAACAAUCGAAUUCAAGGAUGAAGUCGAUUUCACUUGCUGUUCAUUUCCGUUCGGAACAGUGUUUUUGAAAAUUGUACUAUCACGUCGAGUAUUUUGUAUAGGCGAGAAUGUGAAUUGCUUAUUAAUCGUUCGUAAUCGAACAAGAAAAAUUUUAAAAAAUUGCUGUUUAUUGGUUAUGCUGAAAAUACAGUGCGAAGCGUUAAGUCGUUAUGAAAAAAUUAACGAAAAAAAAUUAUCCGAAGAGAUUAUAGAUAAAAUUCUAUGUGAAGCUAUGAAUAAAUAA